UCGCGGGGUCCAGAUGGCUUCCGUGCGGAUCCGAGAGGCGGAGGAGGGAGACUGUGGACAGAUCCUGAGGCUGAUUCGGGAACUGGCCGAGUACGAGAAACUCUCCGACCAGGUGCAGAUCAGCGAAGAAGCGCUGAGAGCGGAUGGCUUCGGAGAGAAACCUCUGUACCGCUGUUUGGUGGCAGACCUUCCUCCCGCCCCCGGGGACGCGCAGGGGCCGCGCGUGGUGGGGUACGGGCUGUAUUACUUCAUCUACAGCACGUGGAAGGGGCGCACCGUUUAUCUGGAAGACAUCUACGUGACCCCGGAAUAUCGGGGUCAGGGGAUUGGCUCCACAAUAAUCAGAAGGGUGGCGCAGGUGGCCCUGGAUCAGGGCUGUUCCCAGUUCCGCCUGGCCGUCCUGGACUGGAACCAGAAAGCCAUGGCCUUGUACAAGGCUCUGGGAGCCCAGGAUCUGACUGAAGCUGAGGGCUGGCAUGCCUUUACCUUUGACGGAGAGGCCAUGAGGAAGUUGGCGGGAAAGUGAGGCCGUUCCUUGCGGAUCUCCGUAGUGGACCAUCUCCUUCCCCCGCUGCUCAAGCACUCCGCAGAGACACUUGUGUCCCCUGGCGCUGGCCUCUGAAGGAAGAGAGGUUGGGAGUAACUAUACCCAAAAUAUGGACAUAGCAGAAUUGGGGGAGAGGCCGUCCCACCUCCUUGCUGAGGGUGAGAAAUAAAGGAGAAUUA